UUAUUAGAAAUGAGUCUACUGUAUAGGAGAGAGCUAGCCUUAGCAAGCAAAUGGUUAAAAGGAGAAGGAAGUCAACAAAUGACUGACAGAGGAACUCAAGGGUCUGGUUUUAUACCUAUUAAAGGUGUUAUUUUUGACAUGGAUGGCACACUUACUAAACCAAUUUUAAACUUUGCUGAAAUGCGUAGGCAACUAGGGAUAAAACCAGGGAGUGACAUACUGACUCAUGUAAACUCCCUUCCAUUGCCUGAUAAGACUACUGCACUGCAAAUUGUUGAAAGCAUCGAAGAAGAAGCAAAUAGAAAAAUGGAGUUGCAGCCUGGAGUGCUGGAGUUACUUGAUUUCUUAGCUAGCAAAAGUAUAAAGAGAGGAUUAUUAACACGUAACUCAAAGAGCAGUGCAGAGUUAUUUUUAGCUAAACUGCAGGAAAGUCUGGCAGGUUCUGCUGCCAUCUAUUCUUCACUCACUUCAGUGAAAAUAUUCUCACAAGUUGUUACUCGCGAGUUUCAGCCAAACAAACCUGAUCCAGCCCCUGUCUCCCACAUGGCAUUAAACUGGGAGCUACCAGCGGAGAAUAUUCUGGUCGUUGGUGAUGAUAAAGCUGACGUCAUUAGUGGACACAAAGCAGGAACAAUGACUGCUCUGUUGCUUAAUGAUGCAUCAAAAGCUAGUGAGCUCACCCCAGGGACACCUCCUUGCGAUAUAGCAAUUUCAUCUUUGCAUCAAUUACUAGAACACCUUCAGAAACCUAUCAUCAUUAAACCUUCAGACUAAACAUAACUGUUAAAAUUGUAUGCAUUCUAGUUGUUUAUAAAAAUAAUGUUUUUAGCAAAUAAAAAAAGUUCAGUAGUACACGGUAACUAAUUCUUUAUUGAUAAAGAAACUGAAAAACAGAAUCACCAGGCUUGCCUUUGUUUUCCUUAUUUUCCCUUGCUUUGGAG